GCCACUGACAGAGUCUCGCUCCUUAACUGCAUCGAUCUCUCCAGCUCUGACAUUCCCCAAUCCUUUUCUCUCCUCAAACAGGCAUGCUUGGAUUGUGGAUUCUUCUACGUGAUUAAUCAUGGGAUAAGUCAAGAAUUCAUGGACGAGGUUUUUGGUAUGAGUAAAAGGUUUUUUGAAUUGCCAUUGAAUGAGAAAAUGAAGCUUUUAAGGAACGAGAAACACAGAGGUUACACACCUGUUCUUGAUGAGCUUCUUGACCCUGAUAAUCAAGUACAUGUAGGAGAUUAUAAGGAGGGAUAUUACAUAGGUGUUGAAGUACCUGAAGGUGACCCUGAAGCAGAAAAGCCCUUUUAUGGUCCAAAUGUGUGGCCUGCACCAGAUGUUUUGCCUGGAUGGAGGGACACAAUGGAGAGAUUUCAUCGAGAAGCUUUAGAGGUGGCUAAAGCAGUUGCAAGGAUAAUAGCCCUUGCACUUGAUUUAGAGGUUGAUUUUUUUGAUAAGCCUGAAAUGCUUGGAGAGCCUAUUGCUACCUUGAGGCUACUACACUAUGAAGGUCGAGUUUCUGAUCCUGUGAAAGGAAUAUAUGGAGCUGGGGCACAUUCAGACUUCGGUUUGAUUACCCUCUUAGCAACAGACGAUGUGUUAGGUCUUCAAAUAUGCAAGGAUAAGGAUGCUAAACCUCAGAUAUGGGAAUAUGUAGCACCAGUAAAAGGAUCAUUUAUUGUGAAUCUUGGUGACAUGCUGGAGCGGUGGAGCAACUGUAUAUUCAAGUCCACUCUGCACAGAGUCUUAGGAAAUGGCCGUGAGAGAUAUUCUAUUGCGUACUUUGUGGAACCUAGUCAUGAUUGUCUUGUUGAGUGUUUGCCAACUUGCAAGUCAGAGAAAAAUCCUCCCAAGUUUCCCCCAGUCAAAUGUGGAACAUACCUGUGCCAACGCUAUAAGGAUACUCACGCUGAUCUGAACGUAUACAACAAACUCCAAAAUUGAGUUUGCUACAGGAAUUCCAUACAGAAGUCCAGCCGUAAAGGCUCUUUCAGAUGAAGUGUCACAGAAUAAACCAGGGGUGCUUUAACUUAAUUAUGCAGUUGUAUUAUUAAUUAAGGAUAGACUGUGAUUCCCCAAGAAAAUUAGAUAAGAAACAGUAGAGUUCCUUCAAUUGAAUACCUAUGAAGGAUGGAUAAGUUAUACGAAGUAGAAAAUAAAUUGUGCCCUUGUGAUA